AAAUUGCGACAGCGUGGGCAAAACAGAAGAAGAGUGGGCAAAACUUCGGGUACUACUGAAAAUUAUUGGCGUUCUUGUUUCCAUCCCGUACACAUGUCUGUUUCUCUUUUUAUUUGGAUUAUGUACUUUUUGAUGAUGUGCUUUUGUAUAUUCACUAUAUGAAUUCCUCCUCCUGAUUGAACUCAUCUUCCUUUUCCGCUGCGCUCGCACUUUCGAGCAGCGUUCUAUUCGCUUGCGAAAGAAGAUACGCAGCUGCCACUGGGUUAGACCUGAACCUAGGUGAAGCCCACAGUGGAUGGCAAAGUCCUGGGCCCUUACCUGGAGGCUGAAGCCGACCUUGUCACUCUGCCUCGAAUCUUACGGCUAUGCUGUUGUUUGACGUAGGACGUUUUAAGGAAAUACAGUCCAAAAAAUGUCAUCUAGAAGUAGAAUUGACGUUCGUUCCCCCAUUAAAAAGCUCCAGGAUCGGUCGCGAGAUCAAUGAAUCGCGACCCAUCGAUAACCCUCAGGACAUAGCUACUAGCGUGUAUCUUUAUCGUUCGUAUUUCUUUCAACUUCAGGGGCCGGGGAAUAAGAUGAUCAAGUCGCUGACUACGGUUGUGGAUACUUUGCCGACAUUGCAAAAGGUUGUUGAACGCGCUCCGCCGCACGCGAGCAACGUUUUGUCGAAUUGGGUGAAUUUUUUUUUCGCAGUUCAGCUGCGCCGUUUGAAGAAUCCCUCGUGGCGAAAAUACCAACAGGUGCGAACUUUUGGAUCAGUUAAGACUUUAAGCUACAUUCAAGUGCAUGAUAUGGUCCAUUCAUUUGUUUCUUCCAAGAAGUCAAGAACUCCUAGCUACAUCUCCUAGCUUUUCUCCAUUGUGAAAAACUAUCUUUCAAGCCUCUUUUUGUCACAGCCCUCCGGUCUCUCUUUACCCGAGUCACCUCUUCUUCUCAACGCUGAGCAUUCUUAAUCUCCACCUUACAGCUUUUCCGACAGCAGGAGUGGAUGGGCCGCUGCUCUUCGGUCUUUUCGUUUUACAGAAAGGAAUUUAUUGCCCUUGACAGCGAUAUGGAUGCAGCUGAGUGGUAUUGUCGCCUAACUUGCGAUCCGCGAGCGAUUUUUCCGAAUCUGCAGGACGAUUUCCCCAUUCUGACGUACGACACGGAGCUCGUUGGCAUCAUCAACAAAAAGCGACAGGAGUACAACAUCAAAAUCACUGCAUACAACGACAAGAUAACUGUAUCGCAGCAGGGCAGUAUUCUCGCUUCUACUACUCUCCUUCCGGAGCAGCAAGCCGAGCACGCGAAGCAGCUUUCGAUGAUUGAUGCCCCAACAACUGAAAACGUCAAACUAUACAGCUACUUCAAGCAGAUCGUGCCGGCCGUGGUGAUUCGCAACUUGAUGGCGCGCGUGAUUGCAAUGGAUCGCCACGUCUGUUUUGCACAGCACAAGAGCAUCCUGAAGCCCAGAAAGAUGAUGAAGAAGAAGAAGGCUCCUAGUGGCUCUGGCAACGGAAGCACCAGCAACGCGAACAAUCAGAAUAACAAUACUUCAGCUUCAUCCGGAACCGCCAUCGGACAUGUCGUUGCUCCACCAGCCUCAACAUCCGGAAACCCUGGCGUCCAGUCGGAGCAGUUGCCUGCUCCAGGUGGAUCGGUCAAUGGCAACAGCGGGUCCGUUAGUGGUAGUAGCAGUAGUGAUUCAUCUUCUUCGUCUUCUUCUUCGGGCAAUAAUCAAGGUGCUGAUGAUGGCGAGAGCGCCAAUCCUGAUCAGGAGAUGGAUGUCGAUCAAGCCGGAGAUGAAAUGAUCGUCGAUGGAGAAGUUGUAGUAGACGAAGCUGAAGGCAUGCCGCAGAUGGUUGGCGAAGCUCAUCCGGGUCUGAAUGACAUGGAACAGGAAAUCGACGGCGAGGUUGUUGAGGUGCACGACGUCUUGCAUUCUACGCAUCAUGGUGAUGGCGAGCAUCUGCUGAACUCGCAAAUUUCGCAGCCAGGUGUCAACGAACAAUUUCAGCAAGGUGCUUUUGAAACGACUACUAUCAUCAAUCACGGAACUACGAGUCACGGACAAGGCCUUCUUCAGUCUGCAGCUGGAGGUGGAAUGGUCGGCGGGACAUCUGCAUCUGGGAUGGCAGCAGAUCAGGCCGGGCCCGCAACUGGCGGAAACGCGCAAGGUGCCACUGGUGGAAUCGGAGAUGCAGAACAAACGGCAGGAGCCACUGGCAACAGUAAUGCCUUUCAGCAACCGACAACGAGCAAGCGCUCCAGUCUCAAUCGUGGUGUGGUGCCUUCUCCAAGCCCGAACGCAGACCAGAAGAAAAAGUGCUACCUCUUCACUCAUUAGCUAGACCAUUUGGGUUUGAUCGCUAUCAUGUGCAUACUGAAUAACCCGCAGGAUUUAACAGCACAAGUAUCGUUGAAGGUUUCAUCUUCGAAUCUACUGACUUAUAAUCAUGGUGACCCCUCCUAGUUUCUUUAUGUAGCUGCUGGCUUCACAGUCACAGCCUCAGCAUAACGUUGUAUCAUGGUCACAGCAUCAACAUUCAGAAUAGAAUGUAAAUCUUUUCUUCCCUAGGUCCAAAGAUUCGCAAGGGAACCCGUUGCCCAAGAUUCCGGAGUCGAAAGAUACUCCAAAAACGUGGAAGGAGGCUGCACAAGGAACAGCUGCGGGGAGAAUCUUUGGAAAAAUGGAGGCGGUAUUAUAUUUAAGAUUUGCAACUGGGAGCAUCGCAUAUUAGUAAGUGAUGCUCUGCUCGGUUGCUACUGAAUCAUCAAAAGGCUCUUGCAAGAGCUUGCGUGUGGCGCUGGACAGGAAGGGGGGCAGGGCUUCUUCCUUUGUGCCAGCGCUGCACACAUUUCGUGAUGUUUUGUGAGCUAGUAUUAAUAUGAAGAUUAUUCUAAAAUGAAAACUUCUUGUUCUCGACAACGAUCCUUCGUUACAAUUGUACGACUCGAAAUCUUUUUGUUGAGCUACUUGCUUACUACAUGAGACUACAACAAAAUAUAACAUCUACGCGUCAUCUCCUCCAGACCUUACGACUGAAUGCGAUGGCUUCGAUACGCAAAAAGAUGGAGGCCUUGUUGGGUUUCUGCUUAUCCACCGAUCUACCGCUAUCGCGCGUUCUAUGCGAAGACGAUGUUCGCAAGUACAUCAAAUUCGAGACGAUUGUUGGCAACCUCAAAUCGAUGGCCGGACAGCGCGACUUCGCUCUCUUCAUGUGGAAGGACCUCAACUUGGCGACUUUCAACACGGUCGUGGACGACAAGUUCAUCGAGAAGCAAUUUGGAAUAGCAACGGUUGUCCAAGAUUUGCGAACUCGAUGUGAGAACAUCCGCAGCAAGUUUGGAGUCGAGGGCCUGAUGGCCUUGUGGAUCUUGUCAAAGACCAAGGCUGGUAAGGAGCUCGGCGUUCUGGGUUACACGCCUCAGCAGCCGAAAGCGACGCUUUUGGACUACGUGCGAACCUUGACGGUUUUGGUGAAAGAAGUACUAUUCGUUCGUAAAACUUCUCUUGCUGUGUGUGCGUCUCUUAUACUUCAUCCACCUACUGCGCGCUACUUUUCGAUUAUAUUUGAGCUAUGUGCUACUUACAAUUCAAAACUGCAGCGCGAUGCCAUACUUGAUUCCAAAAAGAUUCAUUCAGUGCAAGCUUUUCAUGUUCUUAUCCAAAAUUAGAGCUGCGACGCUUCUUUUUUCAUAUGUACUAAUCUCGACUGAACCACACAGUUACCUACGCUUUAUGAGAAGAAGUUGGCGUUUGAUUUGACCGCGCUGCGCGCUGUCGCUCUUGUUGCAAAGUCGACCGUUCGACAGAAAGUGACAAACGAGAUUGCCUCAUACAUUUCGCUUUGCAAGGCGCUCACUACAUGGGUUGGGCUGGCUUUGAAUACCGUGCAAAAUGGCAACAGUCAUGAGGCUGCAGUGAAAGAAAUGGCGAAGGUGCUCACUUCUAUUUGUUUUAGACGACAUUGCUACUCUAUGACAGUUCCACUCUCUUCAAUUGUCCUACUGACGAUUGGAAAGCUUAGAACUCAAAUCCUGCUAAACUAUGAUCAGGCUAUGCUCUCGCUCGUCGGGUUACUUUCGUUGUCGUAGAUUUCCAUCUAAGGUAUAAAGAUCAUCCUCGGAACGAAUCCUCACAAUCUUUCAGGCACAGGCACUAGUAUUAAUUUCCGCCAAUUCUCAUCUGUGAGUUUCAUACUGAGUCACUUUACAUCAUUUUUGUCAAGUCUCUAGGUCAAACCGGAGGGCUUGUUGAAGGACGCCCAGCAAUAUGUCAGUGGAUACACAAUUCACCGCCUGAACAGAGACGAAGAUAGCCAAGAAAUUUUCGACAUCUUCAAGAAGCAGUUUGUCGAGUACUGGUGGCUAAACAUCUUCUACGACCACAUGAACACGGUGGUCCUGAAUGCGCUGAUGAAAGUUGCUGCGACCAACAACCAGCUCAACAAGAAGCGCGCGGAUGCAAAGAAAGAAGUGACUUCUAAUACCAUCUACCAGUACCUCGACUUCAGUGAAACUGGAAAAGAGCAGAAAAUCAAGAUCACCAACAUUUUGACGCAGAUCACCACGCAGCAGCUGAAAGACCUGCUUAGCAACAAGACCGAAGAUGAGAAGUGCCUCACGAUCUUAGACCUAACUGGCUCCGCGACGGCCAUCGCGGCUUAUGAGCUCAAGACGAAAAUGGAAAAAGAAGCAGAGGAUGGCGACAAGGGUGACGAAGGAAAUUCUUUUGUUCAGGUUGCGGUUGAGCAACUUGUUUCUGCAGGAGCUUGUCCGGGAAUGGUCGAGGACACGCGUAGCAAGGCUGGCUCUCUCCUCUUCUUGUUGGAUCCGACGGCAAAGCGUGGUGAACAACUAGAUCUGGAACAGUACUCCCAAGAUGACAGCUUUUGGACCAACAUGGCGAAAGCCGACUUGGCUACACUUACCGGAGCAGGAGCCAAUGCUAACGAAGAUGACAAUGAUGUAGGUCGCGAUACAGCAGCAGCUCUCUUCGAGGAGCAGCAGGCUGAGCAGAACAAUCUGAACGUUCUGGAGCGUGUGCUGCAGCGCCAGGAGCAGGACGCAGCAGAAGAGGACCUCAUGGCACAAGCUGAUCACAUCAUCUUUGGCGAUCUCACUGAUGACGACGACGACGACGAGGAGGAGGACGACGACGAAACAGAAGGUGACGAGGAGGAGUGA